AGGUAUUGCGUGUGCGUAGGAAAUUUUUUAUUUCCCAUGCACGUGCCCCUACAAUUAUAACAAAGUAUUGACUAGAGAUAAUUUAGCUAAACGUAGAACUGUAGAUGAUCCUACUUGCCUUUUUCUGCACCGAGAUGGAGUCUAUUCAACACCUCUUCUUUGAUUGUGUGGUUGCGAAGACCGUGUGAAAUUUGGUUGCUGAGGGUUUUAAAGCUAACCAGAUUUCUUGCUUCGAGGACGUUUGUGCCAUAUGGCAAUUUCAUUAAAAAAGUAUGCUUAAUAUGGUGACCUGUGCCUCCUUAUGGAAUAUUUGACGACUAAGGAAUGAAUUUUGUUUUUAGGGUCGAAGUUGAAAAAGUCUAAAUUGUGUUAUCAUGAAACUGCGUGAUUUUCUCCUACAAUGGAUGAUUGUCUGCGGCGAUGCAUAUGCGGGGCUUCUUCUUCAGUUCAUCCUUUUGCUGGACCGGCGUCGUGGGGAACUGCUCCGCAUCGCGUGGAGUGAUGCUCCUGUUAACUGAAGAUUGAUGAUGUUUUUCCUCAGAGCUUUGUUCCUAGCUAUUGUUGAUCGAUGUAAUAAAAUUUAGCAAGACAGUUUAGACUUUUUUCGAUGGUUUUCUAGUUAGUGACAGGGUGUUAGAUGCUUAAUUCGAUGUUGGCCUCUUGAACCUAUCUGUUCAUUGCUUCAUUAAUAAAGUUGAGAGACCCUUUUCAUUUCAAAAAUAAAUAAUGUUGCACUAAGGCUUGGAGCAGCGCGGCAAACUAGCUUUUCCACCUGAAACAGUUUUCCUCCGGUUGCCACUCUCCUGCUCCAUAUGCUAAUCUGCUAUGCACCCGCUCCCCAUCCUCGACGACCCGCGCCGCCUCCGCCGGCUCCUCUCGUCCUGCCCGGCGCUCCGGACACUCACGCGCCUCCACGCCCUCCUGAUCGUCUCCUCCUCCGCCUCCUGCCACCACAUCCUUUCAUCCUGCCUCGCCACCGCGUACGCCCGCGCCGGCGACCUCGCGGCCGCAGAGUCCACGCUCGCCACCGCGCCCACGUCGCCCUCCUCCAUCCCCGCGUGGAACGCCCUCCUCGCGGCGCAUUCCCGCGGGGCCUCCCCGGACGAGGCGCUACGUGUCUUCUGCGCUCUCCCGCCCGCCGCGCGCCCCGACAGCACCACCUUCACGCUCGCGCUCUCCGCGUGCGCGCGCCUCGGGGACCUCGCCACGGGGGAGGUCGUCACGGACCGCGCGUCCGGGGCAGGGUACGGGAACGACAUCUUCGUGUGCUCGUCCCUGCUGAACCUCUACGCGAAACGGGGCGCCAUGGACGAUGCCGUCAAGGUGUUCGACCGAAUGCGGAAGAGGGACCGCGUCACCUGGAGCACCAUGGUUACCGGAUUCGUGAACGCGGGGCAGCCAGUUCAGGCGAUUGAGAUGUACAUGAGGAUGAGGAGGGACGGUCUGGAGGGAGACGAAGUGGUUAUCGUUGGGGUUAUGCAGGCUUGUGCAGCAACAGGGGAUGUCCGGAUGGGGGCCUCAGUUCAUGGGUACUUGCUGCGGCAUGCUAUGCGGAUGGACGUCGUCAUCUCGACAAGCCUUGUGGACAUGUAUGCGAAGAAUGGGUUGUUUGAUCUGGCGCGCCGGGUGUUUGAGCUGAUGCCGCACAGGAAUGAUGUGUCCUGGAGCGCGCUGAUCUCACAGCUUGCGCAGCAUGGGAAUGCAGAUGAGGCACUUGGCUUGUUCAGACAGAUGCAGGCCUCUGGUCUUCAGCCCAAUUCAGGGCCAGUUGUUGGUGCACUAUUAGCUUGUUCUGAUCUUGGACUCUUGAAGCUAGGGAAGUCAAUACAUGGUUUCAUCUUGAGGAGGCUUGAGCUUGACUGUAUGGUAGGCACAGCAGUCAUUGAUAUGUACUCAAAAUGCGGCUCCCUGGCAAGCGCCCAAAUGCUUUUCGAUAAGGUUGUCUCGAGAGACUUGAUUUCAUGGAAUGUGAUGAUUGCGUGCUACGGUGCUCAUGGACGAGGCCGCGAUGCCCUCUCUUUGUUCCAAGAAAUGAAGAAAAACGAAGUGAGACCUGAUCACGCCACAUUUGCUUCUCUUUUGUCGGCUCUCAGCCACUCCGGUCUCGUAGAAGAAGGGAAAUUCUGGUUCAAUUGCAUGGUUAAUGAGUAUGGAAUUGAACCUGCCGAGAAACACCUGGUGUGUAUAGUGGAUCUCUUAGCUCGUUCUGGUCUUGUUGAAGAGGCCAAUGGCCUGGUGGCAUCAUUGCACAGCAAACCAACCAUCUCAAUUCUGGUCGCUCUACUUUCAGGCUGCCUGAACAACAAGAAGCUGGAACUUGGAGAGAACACAGCAGAGAAGAUCCUUGAACUACAACCUGGGGAUGUUGGCGUCCUUGCCCUGGUCUCAAAUCUCUAUGCCGCCGCCAAGAACUGGGGCAAGGUCAGGGAAGUGCGCAAGCUAAUGAAGGACCACGGCAGCAAGAAGGCGCCCGGGUGUAGCUCGAUAGAGAUACGCGGAGCACUGCACACGUUCGUCAUGGAAGAUCAGAGCCAUCCUCAGCAUAGACAGAUCCUACAGAUGGUCACGAAGCUCGACUCCGAGAUGAGGAAGAUGGGCUACAUCCCAAAGACGGAGUUCGUGUACCAUGACCUCGAGGAAGGCGUCAAGGAGCAGCUUCUGAGCCGCCACAGCGAGAGGCUGGCGAUCGCCUUUGGGCUUCUGAACACCAGCCCAGGGACGAGGCUCGUGGUCAUAAAGAACCUCAGGGUCUGCGGCGACUGCCACGACGCCAUCAAGUACAUGUCGAAGAUCGCCGACAGGGAGAUCGUGGUGCGAGACGCCAAACGCUUCCACCAUUUCAAGGACGGAGCCUGCUCCUGCGGCGAUUAUUGGUGAAGGGUGUCUCGCGACACAACCUGUCCGUUGCCCAUCAGCUCCGUCUUUGCUUGGUCUCAAAUCUUUAUGCCGCUACCAUGAACUGGGACAAGGUCGUGCGGAAGCUAAUGAAGCCCGGGUGUAGCUCGAAUGCUCGAUAGAGAUACGCGGAGUUGACUGACUGACGUGGAUCAGCAUAUAAUAGGUGAGUGCCAGUUCCAGUUGUCCUCCUGUGCAACUGCAACACAGUGAUUUGAUUUUGACCAGAUUUCAUAUAUGAAACCGGGAUAGCUACCUUUCAGAAAA